GCUUGUGAUCACAGACUCGGAAAGGUCGCUGGGGUGGUGAAGCUGAAGUCCAGACUUUCCGGCCAAACUCAGAGCCCAUACUGGAUACCGAUCUGGUAGUUGGGAAGAAAGGGCAAACCUGACAGGCGUUGGACAGGAGCAGGCACAUCACCCACUGUGGCUGUGGCUUUCAGCUUCCCCAGGCUCCUCAUGUGCCCAGGAUCCUACUAGCUCCCGACUGGGCGUGGAAGAAUGCUGGCCUGCUACCGACCCCCAGGGAACGAGACACUGCUGAGCUGGAAGGCCUCGAGGGUCACGGGCACGGCCCUCCUGCUGCUGGCGGCGCUGCUGGGGCUGCCCGGCAACGGCUUCGUCGUGUGGAGCUUGGUGGGCUGGCGGCCCGCACGGGGGCGACCGCUGGCGGCCACGCUCGUGCUGCACCUGGCGCUGGCCGACGGCGCGGUGCUGCUGCUCACGCCUCUCUUCGUGGCCUUCCUGGCGGGCCAGGCGUGGCCGCUGGGCCAGGCGGGCUGCAAGGCGGUGUACUACGCGUGCGCGCUCAGCAUGUACGCCAGCGUGCUACUCACCAGCCUGCUCAGCCUGCAACGCUGCCUGGCCGUCACCCGGCCGUUCCUGGCGCCCCGGCUGCGCAGCCCAGCCCUGGCCCGCCGCCUGCUCCUGGCCGUCUGGCUGGCCGCGCUGCUGCUCGCCGCGCCGGCCGCCGUCUACCGCCACCUGUGGGGAGACCGCGUGUGCCAGCUGUGCCACCCGUCGCCGGCCCAUGCCGCCGCCCACCUGAGCCUGGAGACGCUCACAGCCUUCGUGCUCCCCUUCGGGCUGGUGCUCGGUUGCUACGGCCUGACGCUGGCGCGGCUGCGGGGCGCCCGCUGGGGCGCUGGGCAGCAUGGGACUCGGGUGGGCCGGCUGGUCGGCGCCAUAGUGCUCGCCUUCGGCUUGCUGUGGGCCCCCUACCAUGCCGUCAACCUCCUGCAGGUGGCGGCCGCGCUGGCUCCGCCCGGCGGGGCCCUUGCGAGACUGGGCGGGGCGGGCCAGGCGGCGCGAGCUGGGACUACCGCUCUGGCCUUCUUCAGUUCCAGCAUCAACCCUGUGCUCUACGUCUUCACCGCCGGGGAUCUGCUGCCCCGGGCCGGCCCCCGCUUCCUCACGCGGCUCUUUGAGGGCUCGGGAGAGGCUCGAGGGGGCGGCAACUCUAGGGAGGGGACCAUGGAGCUCCGAGCUACCCCUCGGCUUAAAGUGGUGGGGCAGGGCCGGGGCGAUGGAGACCCCUGGGACAGAGUGGAAAGGGACAGUCAGGGAUGGGAUCCUUGACACCAAAGCCCAUGACUUGGCCUGCCUCUUCCCUGUCCCCUUCCAUCACCCCUCCCCCAGAACUCAAGGAACCACUCUGGAGGGUUUGGGGACCCUUCUCUGGCCACAGUUUGGAUCUUUCUGGACAGGCCCAGCUC